GCGCCUUACGGCUGUCUUGGCUUUACUUACCUGCAAGCAUGGAGGCAGAGGAGUCGAAUAAGGAAGCGGCUGUGUUGGAGCCUGUGGAAGGGAACGACCAGAAACCAGAAGCAGAGGAGGAAUCUGAAGAAACGGCUGGCGGCAACAAGAAACGGGUAGUGCCGGGUAUUGUGUACCUGGGCCACAUCCCACCCCGGUUUAGGCCUUUGCACGUACGGAACCUUCUUAGCGCCUACGGCGAGGUCGGGCGUGUGUUUUUCCAGCCAGAAGACGGCUUCGUGAGGCGCAAAAAGAAGGCAGCAGCAGCCUCCACCACGGGAGGGAAAAAGCGUUCCAAGUACAGCAAGGACUACACCGAGGGCUGGGUGGAGUUCCGGGACAAGCGAGUAGCCAAGCGUGUGGCGGCCAGCCUGCACAACACGCCCAUGGGCUCCCGCAGGCGCAGUCCCUUCCGUUAUGACCUGUGGAACCUCAAGUACCUGCACCGUUUUACUUGGUCCCACCUCAGCGAGCAUCUUGCCUUUGAGCGCCAGGUGCGCAGGCAGCGCCUGAGGGCGGAGGUUGCCCAGGCCAAACGUGAAACUGACUUCUAUCUUCGAAGUGUGGAGCGUGGACAGCGUUUCCUUGCUGCUGAUGGGGACUCUACCCGCCCGAAUGGCUCCUGGGCCUUCGCCCAGCGUCCUACUGAGCAGGAGUUGAGAGCCCGGAAAGCAGCUCGGCCAGGAGGACGUGAACGGGCUCGCCUGGCUAAUGCUGAGGACCAGGCCCGCUCCAAUCGAGGGCUUCUUGCCAGGAUCUUUGGAGCCCCUGUACCCUCAGAGAGCUUGGAGGACUCCUCUCUGGUCAGGAACUCUUGAGGGGCAGGGAGGCUUCUUCCACCUCUUAGCCCAGCCCUGCAUCCUGUCUACAUGAUAUUUACUACCCAGGUGGACAUUUUAUUGUGUUUCUCAGCAGGAGUCUCUGAUGCGUGCUCAGGCAUAGGAGUGUUGUGAGCCUCCCCAAACUCCUGUACAUGCCUGGCUGAGGCACUUAGUUCCUACUAGCAUGAUUAUAACUACUGUAGACGCCUGUUUUGUCUUGUUUGAUUCUUAGCUGCCUGCCUCCUGCCCAUCGAAGCCCUCUAAAAAUCCUACUUUCUGGCUCCAGAAAGAGCUCUUGCUUUGAGCUAGAGUGAUAAUGGCUGGUCUAGACAGCUGUUUACCAGCCACAGGUACUGGGUAGCAAUGAUAUCCUUUUUAUUUAGAAAAGACUAAUAGGGACAGGGACUAAUGAGGUAGGAGUGGCGUGGGUGACACCUUCCAAAUGUAUUUAUAGAAAAGAAAAAAGUAUAUAUUUGAUAUGCCUUUGUAGUUUAUAGGGGGUGGGGAUGGUCAUUGGAUAAGUUCCACCUUCUUUCUGUGUACUAGUCACUCACCUUCACGCCAUGUCCUGGUCUGAGAGUCUCCCCCACUCCCCAACCUUUUCUAUCUAAUCACUUUCAUAGGCCAUGUUGUUAAUCAUUAUCGAUUUCAGCAUUUACUAAAUCACUGUGUGAGGGUAUAGAGUGACAGUGGGUAAUAACACAUGGCCCUUCCACUAAAAAAAGACAGGUGUUUAAGAAAUAAGUAUACAGAAGUACUACAGAUACCAUGGUAGAUGUGCAUAAGGGGUAGAGUGGGGCCAUGGGAGGGAAUGGUUGGCUUUGUCUGGGAAGUUAGGCAGUGCUCUCAAUGUGUUGUUGAUUUCUGAUCAUUCUUCUGAGAUAGGUCAGUGUUCACCAUGUUUUUCAGAUCAUUCCUGAAAGGUGAACUGAAGUCUGUAAAGGCCUAGUGUACUCUUAACAUUAUAAACAAAACUCUGUGGAUGGAGUGUUGGGUUCAAACCAUUGUAAAGACAGGGAAUGCCUAAGAGGUAGUCGUGCACAAAUGAUGCCCAUCUGGUGCGCUUAUACAUGCUGCCUCUGCUUAGACAAGAGAGGGGUGACAAUCAUGCAGAGCAGCUCUGGAGGUGACAAAGAAUCCCCGUAAGCCACUAAGAGGAACUGAAAACUGAGGUGUCAUGACCAACUAAGAAAAGUCUGCGAACAGCCUUAUAAUAGAUUAAAACUCUGGUCAGUAUUCAGGCUUUUAAGUUUAUAGAAAAUGUUAGAGUGAGAAUAAAUAAUUUGAGUUUUGCU